AUGUUCAGAAGCUUUCCCAAAUACCUCGCCAACACCAUCACCAGGCCGCUCGUAGUCCGCCAACAACCCAUACCCUCCCUUCGUCAGCUUCAUGUGACCCCAGUGGCUUGGGCCAAGGCUGUAAAGAAGUCGAAAAAAGACUCCAGAAAGACCAAAUCUGAAUCAGACGAACCAUCUGCCACCGCUGAAGAAUUGAUCGAUUUGGACGAAGCCAGGUCCAAAUUUGACCAGAUCAUCGACAAGUUCAACAAAAAGGCUAACGAGGUCAAGCUUGGCAAAACCAACCCGAGUCUAUUUGACAAUUUGGAUGUUUCGGUUGAAGACCACCAAACUUCCAAAUUCAACACCGUUGCUCAGGCAUCGAUCAAAGGAAGAAACAUCGUCAUUACCGUGUUCAAUCCUGACCAUGUUCAGAACAUCAUCAAUAGCAUAUUGGGGUCGGGUCUAAACAUGAACCCGACCUUUGACAAGGAUACGGGAGUGUUGAAGGUACCCUUACCUCCUAUCACCACCGAGACCAAACAAGAAAAUGCCAAAGUAUUGAAAGCGGUGUUUGAAAAAUUCAAGAACAACAACUCCAGCUCAUUGAAUGCGGUUCGAACCGACUACAAGCAUAAGCUCAAGAAGCUCAACAAGAAGUCUGAUACCGACAUGAAGAUUGUGAAGGAGUUUGAGAGCUUGCACAAACAGUACUUGGAUAAGUUGACGGAUGCGUUUAAGAGUACGGAAAAGGUGAUUCUCAAAUAG